GGUAUGGAGGAGGCAUCGUUUCCGGGUUUGGUUUUAUCAGAAGACGCGAUCAACAAAUUGAUACCAUGAUCAGUCAGAAUUGAUGCUGACGGCCGAACAGAACCGCACCGGCUUCUGUGGGUCCGUCAUGUCCAGACAGAGAGGCGGGAAGACCCUGAUCAUCGCAGACGAUAACGAGGAGCCGGCCGAGGAACUGAACCCAUUCUCUUUCAAAGAGUUUCUCCGCUGGAAGGACUCUGACCAAGAUCUGGACCACGACCAGAGUCAUGGGCAGGAGGAGGAGGAGUGGGGGCGGAGUUUCCUGUCAGGUGUAGACAGCACAUCCUCCCUCUGCACCGAGGAGGAAGAGGAGGAAGAGAAGGAGGAGGUGGAAAAGACCAGGUUUUCCUCUCAACCUGAAGGGGGUCCCACAGCAGAAGGACAAGAGAACUAUGAAGGAGAUGAUACUUCAAUUGCAGAAGAAUUCAUCUCAUUUAGCAGGAGGAGCAAUGAGAAGAGCAGCCUGAUGCAGAAGCUGGAGGAGGAGAACAUGUCAUUGAGGAGAACCAUUCGGGAGUUGCAGAGGAGAGCCCAGGACAACCAUCGCAGGGCUUCUGAGCUGUCGGAGGAGCUGCUGCUGAGGAGGCGUCAGGAAGAGAAGGAGGCGCAGGACCUGGAGAGCAUGGUCCAAUCUGUGGAGCAGAACCUGCACCUGAUGACGAGGCGAGCAGUGAAAGCAGAAAACAGCGUCUCCAAACUGAAGGCGGAGCUUCAGCAGCUGCAGGUGGAGGUGGACUCUCUGCGCUCUGAGAACAACAAACUGAAAGCAGCAGAUUCUCAUCUCGUCAUGACGAUGAGACAAAAUGCCCAGGUGGCAUCAGAGUACCUGAACAAGACAGCGAGCCACGCCCACUCUUCCAUCCAGCAGCUGUUGGGUGAAGCAGAACGUCUCCGUUUGGUCUCUCAGCUGCUGCAGUCCAUCGAUAAGAUCUCCACUGUCCACGCAGAGUCCUGACCCCCUCAAACGGAUGCGAGGAUGUGGUUGUUGUGGAAACGAAGGAGAUGUCAGCCAGUCCAUCAUGUUUCUGUACAGGUGUUGUAUUUGAAGGAACUCACAGACAAAUAUAAAAUGAAAAGUGUCAUGUGACCAGCCACGUCCAUGGUGGUGUGAAGCAGACGUCUGGUUAACAAGCUGCUCAGACCGCUGCGUGGCGAUUGGUCAGUCUGGUGAACUGCUCGUUGAUGGUUUUUAUCUUCAGUCUGAUUAAAUAUUCUCAGAAUUG